CACACACACACACACACACACACACACACUUGCGUGAAGUUUCUAGUUUCGUUUCCACCAUCAGCAAUGCAGAAAGGGGUGUUUGGGGGAGAGGGGAGGGAGAGAGAUAGAGGAAAUGAAAAUGAAAUCCCGAAAAAGAUCGUCUAUAUCUGAGAAGACUACUACUUUUUCCAUAUGCCUCUACAUUGCCAAAAGCAGGUCAUAUUUGUAUAGUUAAUUUUUUUACUCACCCUUGCAAAUGGUUUACUGGUAGGCAUUUAGGAAUGAGCAAUGUUUAUUUGGAUCUUAUUUUCUUUUUAUGUCACAUGCAAUAUAUACCCAGGGACUAAAGAUGAGACAGCUCUGUGGUGAUACUGAUGCAUGUGUACAUAUAUUCAAUAAAUACAGUAUAUUAAGCAUGGGAAUAUGGUACAUUUACUGCAUUUUAAACUUUUCAGACCCCUCAAAUGGCUUUCGAAGCAAACAUUCCUACACAUUCGAAAUUAAGAAUUUAUCAAGGUCUGGGCAUCAAACCAGCGACCUUUCAUUUAAUGGGCGAACAUCUACUCACGGAGGUACAAUCGCCCCAUGUGCUUAUAAAGGCUUUUGUGGUUCCAAUAAAAAUGACCAGAGUGAGCCCUCUUCGCUCGGUGGUUCCUCGGGACCGCGCACGCAGCCAAGAAACUUCCGCCACGCAGCUCGCGACAGCCCCAAAGCGAGAGCAAGAGAGCAGGCAGGAGGGGGAUUUCCAACUCGAGCCCCCACUUCCCGAAGCAGCCGUUGUUUUGCUUUCGGUCUGAAUACAGAAACAGUGAAAAAACGACGGCUACACUUUCCCUUUUUCUACUUUAAACCACCGACAAGUGAACUUGUAUAAUUGGAGCUACGCGUGUUGUUGUGACAGCAGGACUGCGAGGCUGCAGGCCGUCCAGACUGAACAGGACACGAUGCCGGUGGAGAGAAUGAGGAUGCGGCCGUGGCUGGAGGAACAAAUCGACUCCUGCCAGAUACCGGGACUCAAAUGGGUCAACAAAGAAAAGCGGAUUUUCCAGAUCCCGUGGAUGCAUGCUGCGCGUCACGGCUGGGACCUGGAGAAAGAUGCUCCGCUCUUCAUGAGAUGGGCCAUACACACCGGUAAAUAUCAGAUCGGCAUAGACCGUCCCGACCCGAAGACGUGGAAGGCCAACUUCCGCUGCGCCAUGAACAGUCUCCCGGACAUCGAGGAGGUGAAGGACAAGAGCAUCAAGAAGGGAACCAACGCAUUCAGAGUCUACAAGAUGCUCUCCUCCUCCGAGAGGAGCAUGAAGAAAGUGGGAAAGAAGAAGACCGACAAGGAGGGGAAGCCAAAGAGGAGUAAAGAGCCGGCAGCUUCUCCGUCUCCAGUGAGGACUCCUGACAUCGGACCGAUCGACUACACCAAACAGGAAGGUGUCAAACAGGAUGUGAUCAAGCUGGAAGCACUAGAGUUCACAGUGACAGACAGCGUCUCAGCCAGCGACAGCUCGGUAGGAGACCAUGUGAUCACCAGCGAGCAGCUGCCGUUCGUCUGUCAGACCAUCGAGGUGACCACUGAGAACGAGGAACAGACCGUCAGCUCCUCCCACUCGUACCCGCUGCAAAUCUCUCCCGUGUCCUCGUGCUGUGGCAGCGACACAGACAGUGACACAGAGGGGGUCAGUGAAGUCUGGAGGAGGGACUACAACACAUCAGUUCUCAGGGUUCCCUCGUGUUCUCUCCCCGGCAUGGCAACCUUCGUCACCGCGAGCAAGCCCAACUUCAGGGUGACCAGCACACGAGACCCCAUGCCCCUCAUCAGCUACCACCCCCACGGCUGGACGUCGCCGUACGACCAGAACUCUGAGUCGGCGGCGACCGGCCAAACCCACGAGAUGCGCGCGAGUGUCAUAAUGAAAACCUCGGAUGCUACUUCUUCCUGACCUCUGACCCCGGGUGAUGGAGUAUCAUCACAGCUUGCUGGGCAUAGGAAACGACACGGAGAGUUUGUCUUAUCUGUCGGGGCAGCGCCGAGCCAAAACGAGACGAGGUUCAACACCUUUGAUUCUUCUGUAGCUUCUCUUGGCGAUGAAUCCUCAUUUUAAGAGGAGGAACUGCUGACUGGUUCACCCACACAACGACCAUUUGUAUCAUAAUUACUCACUGCGGUAAUUAAAUUACAAUUAGCAGCAACUACAGCUGUUUACACUCUCAGAAUCUCUCAUUUAUCCCGUCUUAUCCUCCGUCCUCUGUGAAACCUUAUUGUUUUACACUUGCACGUAAAUAGUCUCACACUUUUGCGAGCCCUAAGUGUCCUUAGAAGAUCAUGCUUGUGCUAACGCUUUAGCACACAUCAUGCCUAAUGGAAGAGAUGAGCAACAUUUAUCCAAUGAAAGAAGAUGAACUUUGAAAAAGCCAUAAUGUUUUUAACUGCACAACCUGUAGAUGAAUAAUCAGUGUUUCAUUACUUAACCUCAUAUUCAUCUACUCUGCUGCGAUUUUUAGCCGUUUCUCAACUGAAACUGAUGCUGUGUCUCAAUCGGGACACUCCCCAUGAUACACUGCCAUGUCGUACACUAUGAAAACGUGUCUAGUGUGUGAAUUUAGACCAGAUACACCCCUGCUGUGCCCUAAGGAAGUGACUAUUUCAGCGGUUAGCUAGCUAGCUAUUGCCGUUAUAGUUCGCUGUAUCAAACCCUUACAGAUGAUUAAUUAACCCAUAACAUUCAGCAGUAGCUUCUUUUCCCAACCAUUGUUUUUAUAUCUUUAUAAAAACCUGAUUGUUGUUUAGUGCUGUGUUUGACCGCAACAACAACAAUCGUGGCUGGUUAGCGUAACUUCCGAAACUUUGCCAAGAUGGCGAUCGUUGUGUGAGCAUUGUCCACAAUAAACACUUCAUAAGACCGUUAUGAGCAGCAUCAGAGUUCUCAUAGUGCAUUGUGGAACUCAAAACAGCAAGUUAAAGUACAGAAGUACAAGAAAAGUUGCUCAUAGUUCCUAACACUUCUCACCAUGAUAUCAGAACUAAUGACCUGCCGUCUAAACUAGUUCCCGCUCCCGUGAGACCGAACUGCUUGGAUGUAACAAACUUCCUGAGAAUUAAUCCCUCAGUCGGCGAACCAGCUCCAGCACAGCGAGCUGCAGAAAGAAUCAUAGGCAUGUUGUUAUCGAGACAAAAGACUUGACGGCGGUUGUGAAGCCCUGAUUGGCCCCGCAGUGGAAACGGACGUGUGUGUGUGUCCAUCUGUGUGUGUGUGGAGACCUCAGGACUGUACCCACCGACACACACUCCGACUGGGAACUACGUAUCCCCCUCCUCUCGUCCUGGUGUUAAUCAUGUACAUAGCUCAUAUGUAUGAAUGCCUGCAAGCCGCUUCAGCACCUUACGGACAGCACUAGUGUGUGUGUGUGUGUGUGUGUAGCCUUUUUGAAGAUGUGUGCCUUUUUAAUAAGAGAAGCUGAAUUCAAACUAGCCAUGCUUUAGUCUGCCGUGACAGCCGCAGGUAGCUUCUAGGACAUUUUAUCGGCCCUGUGUGUGAAACUGGAGAAGUGGGUUAACACACUUCUAAUCUUGACAUCAUUAGUUUAAUAACAAUGUGUCAAACAUCCUCAUAUAUUGGGAUUUACUACUUGACCCUCAUGUCUCACAUUUUAAAAAAGUGGUCUGACGUCCUUAGAGGUCAAAAAUGUGUCCUUUGGGUUUGUAUUACACUUUUGAUUCUAAACAUUCAGUCUGGGAUAAAUCAGGGACUAGGGAAUGGGAAUAUGGCAUCAACAGCAAGUCACCCAUCUGUGGAGGAUUCUAGAAACGCCAACCUAUUAACUUAAGAUACAUGAGUAAAAUAUGUUUUAGGAUAAGUGUUUUAAUUGGGCUUUUAUUUUGAAGGGCGCUGGUGUCUUUAUCUUGCAUGCUCAAUUAAUUAUAGACUUAUUAUAGGAGCGAAUGACAAACUUUCAACAUUGUAGAAUAAAGAAACUCACUCCCUUGUGAAAAUGUACGCAUUAAAACAAUCUGCAGAAUCUUUUAAAAUGUCCCUAAAGAGGCACUUGGGAUUGUGUUAGAGGAAGUGGACAUUUAGUUUAGCUUAACUUGAGUAAGCAGUAUCAUCAUAGUGAGUGCAUUGAUUUUGCACAAUUAAAUGACUGCUAUAAUAACAAGCAGGAAUAGGGAAAUCAGGGCUCUAUCCCAGAGGACCGUCGUCAGCAGAGAUGUGUUUUUUUUACGCUCCAAACUUCCCCUUUUCCCUAGAACACAGAGUUCUUCAUCGUCUUGUUUUCUUAUGUCCCGCUCUUCUUUUUACAUAAAAUGACUUGCUUACCAAACACAUGCCCAGGAUGCUGGGCAAACAAAGAUAUUUUGUUAUCUGUUCUACAAUGCGCUGUUGGAGGGUGUAUCUGAACGCUACCUGUGUUAGCGGCUAGCAGGCUAAAGCACGGUCUCUUUUUUCCCAAGCCUGCCAUGGAGCAGAGCUCCAGGAACAGAACUAAAAGUAGGAAGACAGUCUGACAAAUAGGAAUCUGCCAAGAACCAAACCACUAAAGGAGACUUUACACUGGAUGCACAUUAUUAUUAUUAUUAUGGUGAAUUAAUUUAAGAAUCAGAGGGGGGUUUGGUGACAGACUGUGGAGAUGGCUUUACCAAAUGUUUUCUUUAACGUGCCUUUUUAUUGUUCCGCAGCGCAUACUGAGAGGGGGCUCAUGAUUAUGAGAGGCUCGCCUUCAUGAACUGAUGGUUAAACUGCAGGAUACACUUUACUUUGGGCACUAUUAUGCUUUUUGGGGGGGGGUUUACCCCCCUGCCUGAAACGCCGCCAUUGUGACAUCGCUACGUAACACCAGCACUUCUAUUUAGUGCUACAUCACAUUGUACGUGAUAGGCUAAGGGGCGGGACAUCGCUAAUCGGUUGAACAAUCACAACAGAGCUAACCAAUCAGAGCAGACUGGGCUCUGGUUUCAGACAGAGGGUGAAAAGAGGGCAGUAUGAGAAAAAUAAGGAGCUUUUUGAACUUUAAAACAUGUCCCAGUAGAAGCACAGAAUACAAAUUUGAACCUGAGAUUGAGCAUAAUAGGCCCCCUUUAAAGCAAUGUUUGCAAGUUAUAUUGUCAAUAGCCUUUGCAAAUUCUGCCUUUACUUUAUCCAUGUUUUGUCCUUGUGGGCCUUUUUAGCUUCAGGAAUUUUGUCGUUGGGGUCACAUAGUCUCUCAACCCAAAACCCUGUGGUCGUAAUGACCAAAUCAGCUGUUUUUCUUGUGUUGCUUUGCAUAUAAACAACAUGAUCCAUAUUAGAUAUCGGCGCCACUGUAUCAAUUUAAAUGAAAUUGUUUGUGCUCCCUAUUGAAGCAUGGGUUGACCGAAUUGAAAACUUCUACUUGAAAAAUGUAAUAUUCAAACUUGCUUUUCAUUGACAUUGCGUCAAAAUCCAGACUAGUUAUAAAAAGAGAUGUAGCCAGGAAAAACUUAAGUGCACUUAUAGGUAGAGUUUAUUUGCUUUAUUUAAAUAACAAAAGGGACUUAAUUAUAGCCAAAAGUUGAUUACAUUGAGAUGUAAGAAUGUUUCCCAUCAUGUAGUUCCCACCUGCUUUUGCUUCGUGUGAUUCACAGCCAGUCAGAGCCGAGAGUGUCUCAGCACAAAGAACAAAAUGACCGUUGACUUUAAAGAGAACUGAAGACGGUGAUUGCUCAGCUACUCUCAAUGCAGUGAAGCAUCUUUAGCGUGACAUGUCUCCACUGUUUAUUCUCUGUACGUGUUGAGCUACAUGUGAAUCAACAUGUAAAUCUGAUAAUAAAGACUGUUUUGUAUUUA